AUGCCUCGUCUCGGUGGCUUUGCCGAUUUUAAUCCCGAAAAAGAUAUCCCGUCUCUGAACGGCAAGGUUGUCCUUAUUACUGGAGGAACUGCCGGCUUAGGAAAACAGUCUGUCCAGGCUCUUGCGAAACAUGCACCCCAGCACAUUUAUUUCACCGGUCGCAACCAGAAAGCGGCCGACAUUGUUAUAAACGAUAUCAAGGCAGAAAGUCCGGGCGUGGAGUUAACUUUCCUAGAGAUGGACUUCAGUUCCCUUGAGUCAGUAAAAGCUGGCAUCAAUAAAUUCGCACAUGACCGACUGGACAUCCUCAUGUGCAACGCAGGCGUUAUGGCAGUACCGCCGGCAGUAAGCAAAGACGGAUUCGAGGUCCAUUUCGCAAUCAAUCAUUUGGCUCAUGCCAUGAUCAUACAUCAGCUUCUGCCAGUUCUCUCGAAAACUGCGGAGGCACCAAACUCUGACGUUCGAGUCAUAUGCCUAACAUCAGAAGGAUGGAAAGGACACCCAUCGGGCGGCGUUUUGUAUGACAAAGUACGAACAGAGAAAGGCGGAAUGCCUGUAUGGCUAUAUAGAUAUGGGUAA